AGACGAAGUCACUCGUUGUUCCGUCAGCGGUUGUAUUUUGAAAGGUCAAAGCGGAUGUCCCACUCGCUGCUUGGAUUAGCAGGUGCUGCUGUCGUUAUUGCGAGCACAGGAUUGUUUCACUUUGACAGAAUUGUUGAUCAGGAGCAAUGGAGUCGACUGGCGUAUGUGAGAUUGAUGUGGCGACAAGAAGAAUAGUAGGAGGCAGUGAUUCUCCACCUGAGCUGGACAGCCCAUGUCAGGAGGAGGUGGAGGAGUUUGGUUUGGGAUUAUGUUGUGCUGAAGAGGAGAGAGGAGAAACUCCAGCAAGAGAUUACAGUCCCACUGAUUUGGGAGAAGCAGAGCUGGACCUGGAAGGAGAUGCUAAGACUGCAGAUGACAAAACGGCAUUUGGGAAAGAGGUUGUUCUGUUGAUGCAGGCCCUGAACUCUCUGUCUACUCCUGAAGAGAAACUGGCUGCUUUAUGCAAGAAAUAUGCAGACCUGCUGGAGGAAAGUCGGUCAAUGCAGAAGAGGCUGAAAGGUCUACAAAAAAAGCAGUCACAGAUUGUAAAGGAGAAGAUCCACCUACAGGGGGAGCACAGCAAGGCCAUCCUGGCACGCAGCAAGCUGGAGAGCCUGUGCAGGGAGCUGCAGAGACACAACAAGACACUGAAGGAUGAGAAUUUGCAGCGGUCCAGGGAGUAUGAGGAGCAACGUAAGGAGGCCAUGCUGCACUUCCAGAUGACCCUGAGUGACAUUGAGGUGCAGAUGGAACAGCACAGCUCCCACAACACCAAACUGAGGCAGGAGAACAUGGAGCUGGCCGAGAAGCUUAAGAAGCUCAUUGAGCAAUAUGAGCUUCGGGAGGAGCAUAUAGACAAAGUGUUCAAGCACAAGGAGCUGCAGCAGCAGCUGAUGGAUGCCAAGCUGCAGAGAAUCACAGAGAUGAUGAAAGAAGUGGAGGAGAAACAACAGAGAGAGCGAGACUUUCUGCUGAAAGAUGCCACAGAGUCCCGACACAAGUGUGAACUUAUGAAGGAACAAGAAACGCAGCUCAAGCAGCAGCUCUCCCUCUACAUGGACAAGUUUGAGGAGUUCCAGAGUACUCUCGCCAAAAGCAACGAGGUCUUUACCACCUUCAGACAAGAGAUGGAGAAGAUGACCAAGAAAAUCAAGAAACUGGAGAAGGAAACAACCCAGUGGAGGACCAAAUGGGAGAGUAAUAACCAGGCCCUGUUACAGAUGGCUGAGGAGAAAACGCUCCGUGAUGGCCAUUUUAAAGCCCUGCAGGGUAAGCUGGAGCUGCUGGAGCGGCUGUGCAGAGCCUUGCAGAAGGAGAGGAACGACCUCAACAACCGGCUCAGCCUUCUCCAAAAAGGAGAUGCUCAGUCCCUGGAGCCUUCAACUGGAGAUGAAGAAGAGGGAGAUGAAGAGGACAGCGGCUCACCGCAGUGUAACGGGCCGGAGAGAGCAAGCAUACACAGAGACCCUCGACCGCCUGAACUGGACCCCUCAGCUGCUGCCGCUGCCGUACAGACUGACUGAGCCUAAACCACUGCGUAUCAGCACGGGGCCACUGCCAGCCGGUGGGACUGACCCAGAUGAUGUGAGCCAGUCUCCGAGCAGGAAAGGACCCCCUUUGUCAGUUGUAAUAAUUUGGCUUUGUGGCGAGUACUUGGUACUCCUUGUUUUCUACGUAAAUGUAUUUUCAUAGGACAUUUUUCAUACAGGCAAAUUUAAGUG